AUGGAAAUCCUAAUUUUCAUUCCUGUGCUAGUCAUUCUAGAGGACAGGCAGGCGCCUAAGCCUAGAUUUGAACAAGCUUCCUUGAUUGUGUUUGAGGAUGGGCAACAAUUUGUAGAAUUUAUCCUUGCUCUAUGUACUCUAAGCUUGACAUGGAAACGUGUUGUUGCUGUCCCUUUUGUGCAUUCUUCGGCCGGAUUAGGUCGAAAGAGCUAUACUCUAACAAGAAGUGCCCUUUCUCUCCUCCCCAAGCCUAUGGCUAAUCGGUCGUUGCGAAUAGUACACACUGAGGCGCAGAGGUGGGUGUCAUAG